AUGGAUGCCCUCUCUGCCCCCACCAACCCUGCACAGGCACAGCAAUUCGUGACCCAGAACAAUCUCUCGUUCCCUCAGGAUGCCGAGGCCGACACCAGUCUGAUUGGAGAGGUCAAGCGAGAGCAGGUCGACUCUGGUGUCUCCGGUAUCGUCCCCACACUACAGAACAUUGUUGCGACCGUCAACCUGGAUUGUCGGCUUGAUCUGAAAACCAUUGCAUUGCAUGCUCGAAAUGCCGAGUACAACCCCAAGCGUUUCGCUGCCGUCAUUAUGCGUAUUCGAGAGCCCAAGACCACCGCUUUGAUCUUCGCAUCCGGAAAGAUGGUCGUAACUGGUGCCCGAAGCGAGGAUGACUCCAAGCUGGCCAGCCGGAAGUACGCCCGAAUCAUUCAGAAACUUGGAUUCAAUGCCAAGUUCACUGACUUCAAAAUCCAGAACAUUGUCGGUUCGUGCGAUGUCAAGUUCCCUAUCCGACUUGAGGGUCUUGCAUUUUCACACGGUACUUUCUCGUCGUACGAGCCUGAGUUGUUCCCUGGUCUCAUCUACCGAAUGGUUAAGCCCAAGAUUGUGUUGCUGAUCUUCGUGUCGGGUAAGAUUGUGCUGACUGGUGCCAAGCAGCGAGAGGAAAUUUACGCGGCCUUCGAAGCCAUCUACCCUGUGUUGAACGAGUUUAGAAAGGGGUAG